AAGAAGAAGAGGCAGCAACAGCAGCAGCCGAAGAAGAGUGUAGAGUAGACGAGCUACCAUUGACGCAGCCUGAUGUGGCUAGGUGAGCGCUAGCGAGGUAACGCUGAUGGUUGUCUCCGUUGGACAUUUUCUCCUCAUCACUAAGUUGACAUGGGCAAGAGAGACAAUCGAGUGGCUUACAUUAACCCCAUUGCUGCUGCACGGUCCAGGGGGCCGCAACAGAACGCUGGACCAACCAUUCAGGACUAUUUAAGCAGACCUCGACCAACAUGGGAAGAGGUAAAGGAGCAGUUGGAGAAGAAAAAGAAAGGCUCUCGUGCCCUGGCUGACUUUGAGGAUAAAAUGAAUGAGAAAUGGAGGAAAGAACUGGCUAGAAACCGAGAGAAGUUGUUAAGUGCAAUUGACAAGGACAAAGAAAAGGACAAGAAGACGAUAGACAAGGAUAAGGAGGAGAAGAAAGAGAAAAAAGAGAAAAAAAAGAAGGAGAAGAAGAAAUCCAACAGGCAUUCUUCAUCUUCCUCCUCUUCAUCGAGUUCUGAUUCCCCCAGCAGCUCCCCCUCAGAAUCUGAAGACGUGGAGGAAAAGAAGAGUGUGAAGAAGAAACGGAAGAAAAAGAAGUCUGCUGCCAGGAGAGCGUCGGACAGCUCCGAGGACGAAUCGGACGCUGAAAGCAAGAAGAAAAAGAAAAGAAUCAAGGAGGAAGGAGACAAAGAUAAGGAUGACAAGAGCCGCAGACGAAGAAGGAAGGCUGAGCGGAGUUGUAGAGACUCGUCCUCAGAGUCCUCUGUGGACUCUGAGGGUGAAGAGGCUGCUGAAGCCAAGAAGAAAAAAAGAAGUAGCGAGGAAAGGGAGAAAAUCACAGACAAAUCCAAGAAGAAGAGGAAAAAGAAGCACAAGAAACACAGCAGAAAAAAGAAAAAGAAGGGAGCAUCUCAGACGGACUCCGAGCUUGACUGAGAACCAUGCCGUUGCUGUUCUCUUGGGUCUCCAGGCAGGUCACUAGUAGUGUUGUUGUUUUUGCCUUUGACCACCAACAACUUCUCCCCUCCAGCCUCGGUCAUCAAAUUUGAUCAAGGAGACCUACAGACUUGUAAUGCUGGGGUGAAAAUGAGGGGAGCCCACCCCCCCAGCCCACUCAUCCCUCGAAGUGGCAACUACCGGUACAUAUCUUUGGUUUAUUUUUAUCACCCCGCUUCUUGUAGAGGAUUGUUCUUUGAGUUACAGUAAACAACAGGACUGAAGUGAAUCCCACCCCCCCCCCAUCUCGGAGAUUUCUGUGUGACUGGCACUUGCUCUCAUCUUUGGUGUGCUGGCCCUCCAGGAGUGACCCCCCCCACUGCUUCAUGCCGGAGAUCUUGCAUCUCUUGUUGCUAGAUGAGGCCGAUAUGCUCGUGCAUGCGGACCUGAUGUCUCGCCAGCCUCAUAUUGAAGUUGGAUAGGAAAUGUGAGCUGCACAGUUGACAUUUGUACAAGAGAUAAUUGUUCCAUCAGAUGAAUUUGUUACACUUCAGUGUAAAUGUACAAACAAUGGGAAUUCAUCAAUAAAGUAUUGUUUUAGCCUUUAA